AUGAAUUUGGCUAGCUGUAUUUGGUUAUUUUUGUUUGUUCUAACUUGUCACGGAGCUAAUGUUUUAGUUUAUAAUGGGGCUAGGAUCGCUCAAUCUCAUGUCUUCUUCAUGGCUAAGAUAGCUGAUGUUCUGCAGGAAGAUGGGCAUAAUGUGGUAAGGUCAGGGCAGAGUAGGGUUAAAAACUAUUUUUUUCAUUUUCAAAAGUUUUUUAACGUAAAUUUUGAAAUUUGUUAAAAUUUUAAAAAGUUUGGUUUUUAGCCCAAAACUUUCUUUACAGAACAAAUAAUGGAAAGAACUUUCUUUACAAAGCAAAAAAAUGACAAGAACUUUCUUUACAAAAUGAAAAGUGGCAAAAACUUUCUUUUAGCUAACCUGUAUCUCACAUCUUCUGAUAAAACGAGAACAAAAACGAGAACUUUCUUUACAAAAUGCAAAAUAGCAAAAACUUUCUUUACAAGGCGGAAAAUGGCAAGAACUUUCUUUACAGACUUAGAAAUGACAAGAACUUUCUUUACAAUACAAAAAAUGACAAGAACUUUCUUUACAACUUCAAAAAUAGCAAGAACUUUCUUUACAGAAUAAAAGUGGCAAGAACUUUCUUUACAGAACAAAUAAUGGAAAGAACUUUCUUUACAAAGCAAAAAAAUGACAAGAACUUUCUUUACAAAGUUUAAAAUGACAAAACCUUUCUUUUGAAAAUGGAGUAUGGCAAGAACUUUUUUAACAAGCCUAGAUUGAUGAAUUAACGUCAUUUUCUGUUCUUUUUCUUUUAAAAACCUUUAUCAGUAUAACAAUGACCAACUUCACUUCUAAAUUUUUAUGAAAAAUUUGACAAUUUCCACGACAAAAACUGAUGUUAAAAUGUGUAAGCGCUGAGAAAGUCAUCGUGACCAUGAGACUAUUUGUUAGAAGAUUUAAAAAAAUUAUUUUAGACGUUUUAUCAGCAAGAAGUCUUCAAAAGUGUGAACAAGGUCGGAGUUCGAAAGGCCAAAGCCGUGGUGAGAAAAGCAGAUGAAGACUUAGGUGGAGAACCGAAUCAGGAUGUUUGGCAUCCGCCUGAAGGGCUUGUCGCUAAUUUGAAGGUUUGUAAAUGUUCAGUUUAAAUAAUAAUAAAGGACUGGCGUAAGGGUAGAUCAGGGUAGAAGUAAGGCAAGAAUACGAAGCUUAAUAUAAUUGUACAUAGGUAAAAAAAGUUCUUAGUCUAUAAUUAGGUAAGGCUAGAUUAAGGUUUAAGUUAGGCUGUAACCAGGGCCGGGCGCGAGGGGGGGGGGACGGGGGGGGACCACCCCCCACAAAAAAAUUUUUGAAAAAAAUUGAACGUGGUACCCCCCCCCUGUGGAUUUUCGGAAAAAAAAUUUUGCAAAAAAUCGGCACAGCUACCUGUGCCGAUUUUUUGGACCCCCGCCCCCAGACCAAAAGUCCUCGCCCGGCCCUGUGUAUAACGUUAUACUUAUGUUAUAGAAAUAUGCAUUAUAUGCUGAUGUAAGACAUUUAGAUACUGGUACAAUAAAAAUAAUAUUAACUUUAUAAUAUGAACUCGCAGGUUUUAUGUAACAAGAGCGUAUUAAGGCUAGGUCUAAAAGAGCUACCUGUGCCGAUUUUUUGGACCCCCGCCCCCAGACCAAAAGUCCAAGCCCGGCCCUGGCUGUAACAAUUUAGAAUAUUGCUGGAGUAGAGCUUGGGUCAGGUCAGAAUAAUGCUAGGGUGAGGCCAAAGUAGCGCAAAAGUAAAAAAAAGAGGACUACAGUACAGUUAGGAAAAACCUAAGGCUAUGGUAAGGCUAUAUUAGGCUAGAGUAGGACUAGGGUAACUCUAGAGAAGAAAUAAGGUAAGGCUAAGGAAGGCUUUAAGGUAAGGCAAAGCUGGGGUGCUUUUAGUGCUAGAAUAAAGCUAAAGCAUGGUUAGAGUAAGGCUUGUGUAGGGCUUGUUGUAAGGUAAGGCUGAAGUAAGGCCAGAGGGCUGGGGUAAAGACUGGGUAAGUCAAGAGUAAUGUUAGGGCAGAGAUAGUAGCAAAGUUUGAAAAAGUAAAUUUUUAUUGUUUUAGAUGUUCAAAGCUUAUGGAAAUGCCAUAACUAAAGCGUGUGAAUGUAAGCAUUUUACAUAUAUUUAAAAAAAUAAAGUUUCACUACUAUGCAGUGCAUUUGAAAGUUCUUUAUACUGAAACAUAACGAAAAAUAUCAAAAUUCCCAAACAUCUCGUCAUACCGAGAUUUACUGUAAUCAUUUCAAAAGCUUCAAUUUCAGUCCAACUAAACGACAAGGAAUACUUAGCCAAAUUAAAAGCGGAGAAGUAUGACAUAGCUUUAAUCGAGUAUUUUGACAUUUGUGGCUUUGCAAUUGUUGAACAGCUGGGAAUACCAAAAUGGAUCACAACUUCAGCCAUGAUGAUCCAAUCUGACUUCAAUUCUCUGUUUGGGCAUCCAAAGAAUUUGGCUUUUGUGCCUGGUGAGGUUUUUUUAAAAUAAAAUACGUUUUUGAAAAACUUAGAGUAGCACAGGUUAGCUGAAGGCAGGGUAGGGUAGAUUAGAGCAGUGUAUUGUUGGGCGGGUUAAAUUAAAGCAGGUAUAGUAGGGAAGGGUAGAAAAUUUUGUUUAUCCAUUUUUUUUAGAUUUUUUGAAUGGCAAAAACUUUCUUUACAAAACAAAAAAUGGCAAAAACUUUCUUUACAAAACAAAAAAUGGCAAAAACUUUCUUUACAAAAAAAAAUGGCAAAAACUUUUUUUACAAAUUAAUAAACAGCAAGAACUUUCUUUCCGCUAAUCUUUUGUUUACAUUUUCCGAUUCCAGGUUUUGACGGUGACCAUGGCUCCAGACUCACCUACAAACAACGUGUCAAAGCCUUCUUUUCGUACCCGCUGCAAAAAAUCAUGUACUAUUUAGUAUUUGGAGAAGGUGCACAUGGAGUGGUAAGAAGAAUGGGUCAAAAGUUUCACUACGAAGAUGUUAUUGCCAGAAGUUCGUAUGUCUUCAUUAAUGUUGAUGAACAUUUGGCUUUUCAAAUGCCUUUAAGCGAAAAGAUGAUAUACAUUGGAGGCAUGGACCAGGAUGCGGUAACUAAGCCGUUAGAAAAGGUAUACUGUAGUAAAAAUCCACAUUUAAAAAAAGCUUUGCUUUUGUAAACAUAAUAGCAAAAACUUUCUUUACAAAACAAAAAACGGCAAGAACUUUCUUUACAAAACUGGAAAUAGCAAGAACUUUGUUUACAAAACAAAAAACGGCAAGAACUUUCUUCACAAAAAAAAAAUUUAGGAGUUCAGUACCAUCUACAACAAUGCCAAAAAAGGUGUAAUACUAGUGUCAUUUGGAACUAUAGCAAAAAGUGUUGACAUGCCUGAAGAAAAGAAACAAGACGUGUUAAGUUUGGUUCGAAACUUCCCAGAAUAUGAGUUUAUUUGGAAGUAUGAAGGCGAUGAUGCCGUAGGAAAAGAGUUAAAAAAUUUGCAUAAGAGGAAAUGGCUACCUCAAUCGGAUUUACUAGGUAACUACCUGCCCUGUUUUUGUCUUUGCCUUUGCCCUGCCUUUGCCCUGCCUUUGCCCUGCCUUUGCCCUGCCUUUGCUCUGCCUUUGCCCUGCCUUUGCCCUGCCUUUGCCUUGCUUUUGCCCUGCCUUUGCCCUGCCUUUGCCCUGCCUUUGCCCUGCGUUUGCCCUGCCUUUGCCCUGCCUUUGGUUCGUUUGACCCUAAACUAUCCUAACUUUCCUUAUCUUAUCCUACGUAUCCUACCGUAAACUACCCUAGCAGACCCCGUUCUAAUGUACCUUACUCUAAUCUUACUGUCCUGCCUUAAAGUGCCUUGUCUUGGCGGGCCUUGCUUUGCGCUACCAGCCUACUCUACUCUAUCUUACUUUUCCUACAGGUCUAGGUGUACGUCUUGGCCUACAUGACUAUACCGUAUCUUAUUAUACCAGACAUCAUCUUACUCUACCCUUGUCUUACUCUCGCUUUCCUGCCUUGACGUGUCCUGCCCUGCUCGACUAUUAUACCCUACCUUACAACACCUUGUCUUAUUUUAUCCUACCCUGAUUUACCUUAUUGUACAAUCAGUUUGCGUUAGCUUAGGCAGCUCUACAUUUGCCUAAAACUUUAUUUUUUGAAGAAAUAAUUUUUAGCCCAUCUAAAGACCUUAGCCUUUGUAACUCACGGCGGGCUGAACAGUUUUAGUGAAGCAGCUCAUCGAGGAAUGCCGGUUGUUUGUGUUCCAUUGUUUGCCGAUCAAGCCAAUAACUGCUACUCUGGAGCUGAAAAAGGUCUGGGCAUCGUUGUUAAGAAGGAGGAUUUCAGUGGUAAACGGCUUAUUGAGGCUGUUGAUGAGCUUUUACACAAUUCUACGUACGUUUUAUAUAAAGAUCUAACUACAGCUUAAACUGACUUUAGGGCUCUGAGUUAGAGCCUUGGGCUCCGGGCUUUAGCCUAGAAUUUUGGGUUAGGGCUCUGGGCCAGGGUACUAGGCUAAAACUCUGGGCUAGAGUUCCAGGCUAAGGCUCUGAGCUACCUCUAGGUCAAAGCCUAGGCCUAGGUCUAAGUCUAGGCCAAAGUCUAGGCCUAGGUCUAGGGUAGGUCUAGGUCUAGGUUCAAAUCUAGGUUUUUUGAGCUAGGGCCUUUGAGCUAGAGCUCCCGGCUACGGCUCUGAAGCCUGAGAAUAAAAAAUAUAAAUUAAAAUUCAUUUUUAGUUACAAACAACGCUCAGUCCACUUUGCAAGAAUGAUGGCAGCUAAACCGUUCAAACCUAAAGACAGAAUUACUGGUUAUGUUAACCAUGCCCUUGAGUUUGAUGUCAAUAUGGCAUUGGAUUUACCUUCCCGUCAUUUAUCAUUCAUUCAACUUUACUUUAUUGAUGUUAUUGUACCUCUUGUUUUACUUUUAGUUCUUUUUGUUUAUAUUAUUGUUAAGGUUUCGAAGUUUUUAUUUAAAUUUGUCAAAAAAGUAAAAGUGGAGUAG